AUGCAAACUCGACGUCGUCAUCAACAAACGGACCAGCAGGAAUUCAGCAGCAAUUACAGUGCCCCGCAAUUGCCACUGCAGCAGUCACUGCAACAGCCACAGCAGCAGCUGCAGCAGCAGACGCUAAUCCAACCGGGGCAGACCCAAUUAUUGUACGCAGCUCAGCAGCCCACGUUCGAGGCUGCUAUUAAUAUUGGCGACGCGCAAUCCAGUGCAGAAGCAGACGAUAAGUACGAGAAGGCCGCCCGCCAGUGGAAUUUGUUCAGUGGCAUCUCGUCACGGUCGGGCCAGGCGCUGCGCACGUUCAUACAGCAGCCACUGAGCGCCGCUGCGGCUGUUGUUACUGGCAAUCAUCCAAACCAAACACAAAACUCCGACAAUAAUAACAGCAGUUACGAUAAAGGCAUCUACAAUUUAGGAGCGCCUCAAACACAGGUAGAGCCUGACGAGUUUGACUUGGCAGAGGAGCAGGAAGUAUUUAUAAUGGCAGCACGAGAUCGUACGGGCGAGUUCGCCAAUGCGAUACGUUCGCUACAGUCACGGAACAUCUCACGAGCAGUUAAUAUACGGGAUCCACGCAAGGCCAAACAAGUGCAAAGCUAUUCCGAGUUCAUGAUGGUGGCCCGUUUCAUAGGCAAAAACAUUGCCAGCACAUAUGCCAAACUGGAGAAGCUGACCAUGCUGGCCAAAAAGAAGAGUCUGUUUGAUGAUAGACCGCAGGAGAUACAGGAGCUGACGUACAUCAUCAAAGGUGAUCUGAAUGCAUUGAACCAACAGAUCGCCAAACUACAGGACAUCUCUAAGGAUCAGCGACGCACCACAAACGGCAAGCAUCUGGUAUCACAUUCCUCAAACAUGGUGCUCGCCCUGCAAUCCAAGUUAGCCAGCAUGAGCACAGACUUCAAGCAGAUACUUGAAGUGCGCACCGAAAAUCUCAAGCAUCAGAAGACGCGACGCGAUCAUUUUAGCCAGGGACCAGGACCGCUGGCCGCACACACCGUUUCGCCUUCGACUGCCAAACAGGGCUCGCUGCUGCUUAGCGAGGAGAACCAAGCAGUUAGCAUAGAUAUGGGCGGCAGCGAUACGACGCCGCUGCUGGGACCGCCGGCGCGCCUGCAGCAACAGCAACAGCUGGCCAUUUACGACGAGUCCGACACGUAUGUGCAACAGCGUGCCGAGACCAUGCAGAACAUCGAGUCCACAAUUGUGGAACUGGGUGGCAUAUUCCAACAGCUGGCGCAUAUGGUUAAAGAGCAGGAGGAGAUUGUUGAACGCAUCGAUACGAAUGUGGCAGACGCGGAAUUAAAUAUUGAGGCAGCGCAUGGCGAGAUACUCAAAUAUUUUCAAUCCGUUUCAAAGAAUCGUUGGCUCAUGAUUAAGAUAUUCGGUGUAUUAAUAUUUUUCUUCCUGUUCUUUGUUGUUUUUAUGUCAUAAUUAAUGCUAAAUACCCCAAACCCUGCCCCGCUCGAUUCAAUUCUAAAUUAUUGUGAAUACAUGGCAUAUACACAUAUAUAUAUAUAAAUAUAUUUUUAUGGAAAUGGAGUUUAAAAUGUACAAAAGCAAAAUAUUGCAUUCUUGAUUCCAAUCCAAAACCGAACCGACUAAAGAGUAUAAAAUAAAGUUAUCAAGAUACGUACGAA